AUGUUCUCUUCAAUCACGCGCCUCGCGCGCCCGGUCUUGACCAAGUCUCUGGCUCAAUCGCCCAGGACAUUCACAACCCUCGUCCCUCUCCGACCUUCCCUAACUCCUAUGAACGGCGCAAUCCGAAGAUCCGUUCUACCAUCAAGCUUCACUCCUUCGACGGCCGCCUCAGCUGAUAUCGUGCCCUCAAGCGCCAUCACAGCACACCCCGCGAUGGGCGAUAUGCAAAUUCGCUGCGGACCUCGAAACACCAUGAACGGACACACCAGACUCGUGCAGAAGCGUAGACAUGGCUUCCUAGUCCGUAAGCGAAGCAAGACGGGCAGGAGGAUUCUCCUCAGGAGAAAGAUCAAGGGCCGAAGGAACAUUGCCCAGUAG